AACAGAGAACGACAGACAGCAUCUCGACUGAGGCCGAGAAUCCAAACACAACAAUCUGAAACAUUUUGUAUCAAACCAUUAAACAUUAAACAGUUUAAUGCUGAUAACAGUGAUUUCUAUAUAAUUGUGUAUUUAUUUAAUUUUUACAUUCAUCACAACCAAGGAUUAAAUUUCGUUGACAAAGAAUAAAAAAAUCAAAAUCAGAUCAAGCAGAGAAAAUUAUAAGGAUUCAAAACACGCACAUUAAAUAAAACCACUGCCUGCCUGCCUAAAAGGGAAGAAAUCAAAUAAAACACUUAAUAAAAAGGCAAAGGCAAAGAAAAAGAAAACGUAUUACAAAUUACAAAUAAACAACUUACAAAUAACGUACGGGUGGAACCCCAUUUGCUACUACCUUCAAGCUGAGGAGACAUUAUUUUACAGUGUGUAAAUUAAAAAAUAUUAAAAUAAUACGCGUUGAAAAGCAACAGAAUGGAUGAGGAACACGACGACGAAAGAAUAUGAAAUUAAAUGGGGCUUUAAAGCCCCGCCAAGGAGCCUCCAGACAAGGAAGCUCCCCUGGUGUUGUCCAAAGAAAGUAUCGCGUCAAGCGAUAUUAUAAGGUGAAUGAAAAUGUAGUUAAAGGUCUGCCACUCAGUGAAUGUGGUGUGAAUAAUAAAAAUUUAAUUGAAACCAUAAAUAAUAGUAAUAAUAUUUGUAUAAAUAAUCAGCAGCAGCAGCAGCUCCAGCAGCAAACAGCACCAUUAAUACGCACACAACAGCAGCAAAAACAGAAAUGUGGUGAACAAUUUAGUAGCAGCAGCAGCAGCAAUAGCUUAAGUAGUAGUAAUUUGUCUACUUCUAUAAAAUACAAGAAACAAAAUAAAUCAACAACACCAAAUACUACGCAGAAUAGAGUUUCUUCAGUUGCAAAAACAAGGCCCUGUUGUAUCGAUUUGAAAAGUCGUGCGGACAAAGACAAAAUUUCACAAACAACAACAGCAGCAGCAGAGGCUGUGGCAGCAAUAGCAAAAAAUAACGAAAAGAAAACAAACACUGAAAUUGAUUUGAAGCAAAUAGCAGUCAACAACAUCACAACACGUCAAACUAAGAAAACGAAAGUAAACAAAGAGAAUAAGAGUCACACGAAUAAUAACAGUAAGGACGAAAAGAAAACAAAACAAGUUGAAGUCGUUAAAACGACAUCAAAUACUUCAAAAUAUCUCGUAACGGUUAAUAAGAGCCACAAUAAACACAACAACAGCAGCAGCAUCAGCAAUAUCAAUAUCAGCAGUGGUGGUGGCCACAUUUAUUUUAAGGAGGUCAACAAGUUCUUAUUAUUAAUUCCGAAAUUUUAUGAAAAUCUCAAUUUGACAGUCUUAAUUUCGCGGUUAUUUAUCCAGUUAAAAUUGUUGCUUUUCUUAAUGUUCUCGCACGCUAUAAAACAUUUGACCGGAAAUCCAUUCGUUCAUUGGAGUGGUGGCGGAUGUAGUGGUACUAAUUGUGUUCGUGGGGACACUGCUAUAGAUUGUCGUAGCUUCGGUCUGGUUGGUUAUAAAUUAGCGAAAAUCAUGCGUGCCUCACAAUCGUUAGAGAGUUCGUUUGAACGCAUUUGUUUUAAAAAUGUGAACAAACCACGUUUACCCCCCUCAAUUGCCUUAUGUAUGAUGGUAUACGCGGCAGCUGCCAUUUUGCUGCCUCAGCCAGUAGUCGGCGAUGAAGGUGAACCUUUCUUUCCAAUCAAUGGCUUAGAAACCACAACUCCCGAAUUUGAUUAUGCCAGUCGUGGUCAGAAAAAGUUCGGGGAUAAAUGCGAUAAUACUUUAGAAUGUGGUUUCCCUGGCUCCAUCUGUGAUCCGAAGAAAAAAUCAUGUCAGUGUACAGAAGAUUUGCCGGUAACUAAUCACAUUGAUAAAUGUGGCAAAGAGGCCGCGGUAAAUGAAUCCUGUUUCUUUAAUGAACAAUGUGAAGUGAAGUACUUUCAGACAGAAUGUCGAGAUCAACGGUGUGUGUGUCGUUUUGACAUGACACCCGCUUGGUUGAAAGAUGGCUCUGUUGAGUGCAAAGGGCGUGGCGAUAAAAGAGGACCCGAAACGUAUAUAGAUCCGGCAAUGAUUGGCGUCCUGAUUGGUAUGGCAUUAAUGUUUAUCAUUAUAUGUGUGGUAUUAAGAUUGUUUAGUCAGGCACGUUGGCGCGAAAACCGAACAAUUUUUAAUACACCAAAUCCGCGUUUAAUGAAUGUCUCGCUGUUGCGCGAAAGUAAACUGUUACAUGGACAAGAAAGACGUGGAUCCCGAAUGUCAGUAAGAGCUCCAUCCCGUCAACCAAGUAUGGCGUCUUUGCGUCCGCAUUCGCCUAAUCCGUCGUUAGGUAAGACAGGCUCGCGAUCAAAUUCACAUGGUAGUAAUGCAUCAGCCACCUCAUUAAGAUCAACGCGUAGUAAUUCUGUUUCUCCAGCAGGUAUCGUAGUAAAUAAUUCCCAUCACGAGAGGAAAGGUUCAACAUACCAGCCACAUCAACAUCAUCCAUCACAACAAAAACAGCAACAACUACAACCAUUACAGCAACAAGAGCAACAGCCCUUAACCCAAACAAAUAUUAUAUCGAAUCCUGUCGCUGAAACCGUAACUGUGGAAAUAAUUGAACCAGAAAAAUAAAUCACAAAUGCAAUGAUGACAUCUAUCUAUCUGAAUGAAUGAAAAACUUGAAACGGAGAACGCACGUACGUCGUUCUGAACGUAAUGAAUCGAAAUUAAAUAGAAUAGAAAAUAACACGUAAAUAUAACAUACAAAAUACACAGCUGCAACCAAAUUAACAACAACAAUAUAAAAAGGUAAUUUUACAAAAUUAUUAAAAUAAAAGAAAUAUGCUUUAAAUACAACAAACAAACAAACAUACAAACAAACAAUAUUUAAUAACUAAAUUUUUUUAAUACAAAAAAGAAAAACUAAAAAAAAAAUUAUUAAAAAAUAACAUAAAUGAAUGCACACUUUUUAAUUGAACAACAAAACAACCAAAGUUAAAUUAUGAACAUUAACAAGUUCAGCUACAUAUGAACAAAAUAACAGAAAAACACAAAAAAAAAUAAAAAUAUUUUUUAAAUUUUAAUUCAAAACUUUUUAAAUACAAUUUUAAAAUAAUGCCUUUAAUACACCAAAAAUACAAAACGCUAGUUUAUUAUUAUAAAAAAAAAUUAUAAAAAAAAACCUUGCAUAACAAAUUCAUUAAAACCAAAAACAAUAUAAUAAAUAAAUUAUCACAAGUUUCCUUUCUUAAAAAACGUAUUUUUUAAUAAAAAAAAAAACAAAAAACAUAAAUAAAGAAAAACAAACUCAUAUAUUUUCCUAAAUGAACUCGAAAACAACAAAAAAUAUACUAUAUAUUAAAUAAUUUUUAAUUAAAUCAUGAUAAUUUCAAAACGAUUCGAAAUUUAUUUAACGAAUAGUAGUAGAUUUAUAAAAAAUAGGCCAAAAAUGGUCAUUGACUUAGAAAGAAAUUAUUAAAAAACAAUGCACGCAUUUUCAUCUAGAAUUAAAAGAAAAAUAAAUAAAUUAAUACUAAAUCUCGUUGAUCGUUGCGGGCAGCAAUGACAUUAUAAAAUAUUAUAAUAGCAAUUAGAAUAUACUAUAAAACAAUACAAAUAUAAGGAAAUACUAAAUAGAAAAAGCCUAGAAUCAUUAGAUUAUUAAAUUAUAAUUGAGGAAAAAAAGAAAUCGUUAAAACAAAACAAAGAAAGCAGUACGCUUACGGAAUAUGUAUGUACUAUACAUACAUAAGUAAACAAAUAACUUAAAUGAAUUAUAAUAAAAUAUUCUUAAAAAAAAAAUUAUUCAAUAAUUUACUCAAACUCAUUUAAUAAAAUUUAUACUCUCGUACAAUCAUCAUUUUUCAUUCAAUCAUGCAAAAACUAAAAUCAAUUUUUUCAUUUGCUAUUUUAUUCUUCUUCGUACAUACCUGCUAACAUAUUUACAUUAGAAAAUGGUACAUAAUAAAUAAAAUAUUUAAACAAAAAUAAAAACAAAAAAAAACCAACAACUUCGGGACCAUAUUUUCGAAUCAAAAUAUGCGUUUCAAACGUUUUAAUUUCUUUUUUUUUUCUUUUCUUUGUUUUGUUUUCUUUCAUUUUGAUUUAAAAAUUAUGAAAGAAAAACCAAUACAAAAAAUAUCUAUAUUUUAUAUAUAAAAAAAAACUAAAAACAAAAUCCUCUAAAAACAAAAGUCUCCAAUCAUUAUUUGAUAAAUUGUUAUACCUAUUUAUAUUUAUAACUAAACAAAAUGUCUGCGGUACACUUUCAAAAAUAUAAACAUUUAUUAUAUUUACAUCCAACUUUACAUGCAUAUAAUAUACAUACAUUAUUAUUAUUAUAAUUAUUAUAAUUACAAUUAUUAAAUAUAAAUUUAAAAACCAUAAA